UUUUUUUUUCAUGUCAAAAAUAGAUAAACUAAUCACCCUAUUAAGAUUUAAAAAGAAACAAAUAGUCAUGGAGAAACAAUAUGAGCCAAAAGAAGAUUCAGUUACGCUUGGUGACAUGUCAAGUAUGACUCCUAACGUAGAGCAGACUGAAAAGACAAACGAAUUGACAACAAAGGAGGUAGCAACAGCUACUGUGAAUGAGUUGAUAGUAACAACUACUCCUGCAAACGAAAAAGAAAGGAAAACUACGAAACCCGAUGCAUUGCCUAACAAAGUAACCGAAAGAGUAUAUCAUUUUCGACAAGCUAUUAUAGCUGAAGACACAAGCAAUCAUCAGCCAACGGCCAAACAAGACAUUAGACAGCCAGAUGAGCGAAGGAAAGAGUUGACAGUAGUAGAUGAUAAAGACCAUACACAUCAUACGGAGGAUAAAGACGAUAAAUAUGAUGACAAUAAACAGCACAUACAUCAUACAGAGGAUAAAGACAAUAAAUAUGAUGAUGAUAAAGAUGAUGAUAAGGAUGAUAAAGAUGAUGAUGACGAUGAUAAUGACGAGGAUAAUCACAAAGACAAUGAUGACGAUGAUGAUGAUUUGGAUGAUAUUUAUGACAGAAUAAUGCCAGCUAUUACAUCAAACACUAUUUCAAAAUUCACAAUGACCUCUGUUGAUCCUAUUGUCACAUCUUUUCUCGUGGGCUAUGGUGCUGCAGCUGGACAUGCAGAAGACGAAAUAGAUGGUCUAGGACUGGUUGGUAUGGUUCAACCUUCAGCCGAAUUCAAUUCAGACGCAUGUAAGGUUAGUUUCAACAGCUUGCUAACAUUAUGGAUAUGCAUUAUGACAAUUUAUUGCCUUUGGAUAAGACGAUGUUGAUACCUUAAUAAAUUUAUUUAUCCUUCAUGAUUCUCG